UUUGCAAACACCCCCCCCCAUACAAUCUAACAAAAAUAAAAUAAAUCAGUCUCUCUUAAAGCUUAAGGAAUCAUCGCUUUGCGCACAAGAAAUGUGUUGUGAAACAGUGGGGCAUGAUCAGCAAACUGAGAUCAUAGAUGUAUCCAAAAGGAUGUUUAAUGAGAAGGAAUCUUCAAAAAUUAAUACUAAUUCUAAUCAAAAAAAUUCUAAUAAAAAUAAAAGAGGUGGAGGAAUGUUUUUGGCAGUUGCCAGAAUACUGGGAAUUGGUUGGCAUACUAGACAACAUAAAAGAGAACGGAAUAAAGAACAAUGGAAUUACAAUGAAGAACCAACACUUUUGGAUAGUGAUUGGCAUAGGCCUGGUGAAGUAAUUAAAUUUAGAAGUAAACAUAAAAGGGCAGAACUUCGACCUAGAUUAAGCGAUUUAUCUGGCCUACGCUCUAAUAGUGUAUUUACACCAAUCAACACAUCAGCUGGAAAUUCAAGACAUCCAAGUAAUCAAUGGAUUGGAUUAACGAGGAACAAAUAA